AUGGCGACUGGCGGCCUCGGCAUGUUCGCUCUCCGCCGCGCCGCAGCUCGCAGCUUCGUCUCGUCGCCUCUCAAGGCUCGCACAUUCGUCACUCAGACACCCACUGGACUCCGUCAAACGCACAAAUGGCAGAUGCCCGUCUUCCAAAGGCGAUUCGCCAGCGAGGAAGCAUCCCCUGCCCAGGAGAAGACCACUGGCGAGACCAUUCCCACCGAGCCCACCGAGACUGAACAGGCCAUGAAGGAGGAGGCUGUCACAUCCGAAGCGCAAGCAGAGCAAGAGCCCAAUGUCGUCGAGAAGUCGGUUCCCGACGUAGCCGAUGCCUCUGAGCAGCCCUCGAUGGUCGAGCAGGUCAAGGAGAAGGUCCAGGAUGCCGCAUCAACCGUCACCAACGCAGCCGAAGGUCUCCUCGGCAAGAGCGCUCGCGACGCAGCUGUUGGAACACAUAAAGACCCCAAGCCCAGCAGAAUUCUCUAUGUUGGCAACCUCUUCUUCGAAGUCAAGAGCGCCGACCUCGAGCGCGAGUUCUCCAGUUACGGUCAAGUCGUGAAUGCACGUGUGGCCGAGGAUGCCCGCGGUCUGAGCAGAGGGUAUGUUAUGGAAUUCAACACGCUCCAGGACGCAGAGAACGCACAGAAGAACUUGAACCAGAAGGCUCUGGCUGGUCGCAACAUGGCAGUGCAAUUCCAUCUCCGCCGCGAGACCCGUAACUCCUCGGACAACAGAAAGGUGCAGGUCAACAAGCCCAGCAAGACUCUGUUCAUCGGAAACAUGUCCUUCCAGAUGUCCGACAAGGACCUCAACGACCUGUUCCGCAACAUCACCAACGUCCUGGAUGUCAGAGUCGCCGUCGACCGCCGCUCAGGUCAGCCCCGAGGCUUCUGCCACGCCGACUUCAUCGACGUCCCCAGCGCACAAGCAGCCAAGGAGGUGCUCGAGAAGAAGGAGAUCUACGGCAGACAACUUCGUGUCGACUACAGCCGCUCGGCCGCUCCCUCGACCGACAGAGACCUCUAG